AUGGUCAACAAUUUUUUGCGCCGCUCGGUGUUUCCACAUGCGCACGGGACGACAACGACGACGGGCUCGCUUUUCUCCGCUGCCCCCUCCCUGCUCGCUUUCCUGAUAGCUGCUACAUUUCAUCGCAUCGAAGCCGACGCCACCGUCGAUGAUCACAUUCCCAUCCAAGCCAGUUCCCUCAGUUUUUUUCCUUGUUUUUUGGGAUUCUGUGCGGCCGUCCGGUUAUCAAGAUUGGGGAAUUGUGCUGAAAAUAUUUCUAUUGAUGAGCUGAAAAUAUUUCUAUCCCGACUGCUGAACGAGCUGGCCGUCCGUCCGGGCGGGCAUGGUUGCACUGAUAGUGGUGGAACACGUCGAAUAAUGGGCCACGAUCCGGCUAGCUGCGCUUCUCGCUCUCCCAAGCACAUUUCACGCGCUGACAUCAGCUCAUCCGCACAACUCAAGCACCAGGAGCAGGAGCAGCAGCGUGUGGAUGAGACGGGCGAGAGCAAGGCGGACGGUGGCAGGGGACACAGGAAGGAGACAGCAGCACGAGGCACAGUGACACAUUCGCUUUCUCCCGUUAUCGGUGUCGUCGUCCACGAAUAA